AUGCCUUCCGAAGUUACCGACAUCAAGCAAUUCCUUGAGAUUGCGCGCAGAAAGGAUGCCAAAGGUGCUCGUCUGAAGAAAUCAUCCAAGAGCAAGGACAUCAAGUUGAAGAUCCGAUGCAAGCGAUACUUGUACACCCUGAUCCUCAAGGACUCGGACAAGGCGGACAAGAUUAAGCAGAGUCUGCCUCCUAAAGAGUUGAGCACCCACACCAAAGAGACUGGCGAAGAAAGCGGACAAUACAACCCAAAGACACUACCGAAAGACGACCAAGACCCAGGCCAGGCCGAGACAGCUACUUUGACGAUAUACGUGCUAACCUCUUUUCUUCCUGCAGCCAUGCCAUUCCAAGAGAUCAGCAACAAGACCAAGAAGGCCAAGAAGGCGUAA